UCGCCAUGGUAUCAAUUCCAAAGCAUUUGUGUGGUGUUAGCAUUGCCUCUGGUUCCGUUUAGUGUUUACAAAAGAGAACCAGCAAGGACAGCAUAAACGGACAAACAAAAAAGAAGGAAGUGGAAAGAAGCCCUUUUAGGAAAAAUUGAGAGGCAUUCCAUCCAAUAGGUGUUCCACCCAAUUUGCAUGUCUCCUCUUUGGGACGCGUCCGGGAACAUUGGCGGGUGCGAUGACUCUUCUGUGGUUCUUCCUCCUGUUAGCUGCCUCAGGAAUCCUAGCCAUGAAUACACCUCAUCCCAGGAAUUCUACUCUGUAUCAUCUCAGCAAACAACUAUUACAGAAAUACCACAAAGAAGUGAGACCAGUGCACGAUUGGACGGAGGCCACCACUGUAUACCUGGACGUAUUUGUUCAUGCUGUAUUGGAUGUGGAUGCACAGAAUCAAAAAUUAAAGACAAGUGUAUGGUACCGUGAGGUUUGGGAUGAUGAAUUUUUAUCCUGGAACUCCAGCAUGUUUGAUGAUAUUAGAGAGAUAUCCCUACCUCUCAGUGCCAUCUGGGCCCCUGACAUCAUCAUCAAUGAAUUUGUGGACAUUGAACGAUUACCUGAUCUUCCCUAUGUUUAUGUGAACUCAUCGGGGACCAUUAAGAACUCUAAAUCCAUCCAGGUGGUCUCUGCAUGCAGUUUAGAGACAUACGCUUUUCCAUUUGAUGUCCAGAAUUGCAGCCUAACCUUCAAUAGCAUUCUGCACACAGUGGAAGAUGUAGACCUGGAUUUCCUGAGGAGCAGAGAAGACAUUAAGCAUGACAAAAAGGCAUUUCUGAAUGACAGUGAGUGGGAACUUCUUUCUGUAUCCUCAACCUACAACCUCCUGCGGAACAGCGCUGGAGAUUUUGCACAGAUUCAGUUUCACGUGGUGAUUCGCAGGCGCCCGCUGGUCUACGUGGUGAGCCUACUAAUUCCCAGCGUCUUCCUCAUGCUGGUGGACCUCGGGAGCUUCUACCUGCCCCCCACGUGCCGCGCCAGAAUUGUGUUCAAGACCAGCGUGCUGGUGGGUUACACGGUCUUCAGGGUCAACAUGUCUGAGAUGCCCCGGAGCGCAACGAGCACCCCUCUGAUUGGGGUCUUCUUCACAGUCUGCAUGGCCUUCUUGGUCCUCAGCUUGUCUAAAUCCAUCUUGUUGCUCAAAUUCCUUCACGAUGAGCAGUGCCGUGGGCAGGAGUGGCCCCCCUUGUGCCUUCGAGGGGACACUGAUGCUGAUGGGCCUAGAAGGGAUCCCACGGCUCAGCUUGCUGGGGUGACAGAAUCCCCUGUCUGUCGAGAGCACCAGGAUCAGUCAGGGACCCUGAAGGAAGUCUUGUUCCAGCUUCAAUCCAUCAGCAACUACUUCCAAACCCAAGACCAAGUGGACCAACAGGAGAUUGGGUGGCGGGUCCUCCUGGAGCGCUUUGACCAACUGCUCUUUCAAGGCUACCUUGUUGUGCUGGGAUUCUACACCAUAACCCUGUGCUCCCUCUGGGUGCUGUGGAGCGGCUCAUGAAGACUGAAGUUGGCUGGUCUCAGUCCACGUGCUCUCAGAGCACUUCAGGAAGGUUGAAAUUGGAAGGGAGGUGUGGUGGGUUAAAAAGCUCUCCAGCCCCUGUUGCCUCUUUUCAUUCAGUUCAGGUGUGCACACCUAGUGAGCUGUUGAAUGACCCAGGAGUGAUGUAGUCAUGAUGAAAAUGCAUAAACAGUAUGAGGAAUGCAGUGACAAGUAAGCCUGCCUUCUUAUCCCUGUGUACUGCCCAAAAGUGAUCACUGUUAGCAAUCUCUUUUAGAAAAUUUCUAGGCAUACAAGCAUAUAUGUACAUUUCAGCAGCUUUUGGGGGUUUUUUAAGUGUAAGACUCCUCCAUCUCCCAGUCCUGUCUUGCUCAAUUAUUCAGUGUCAUUCAACAAAACCUUUAUUGAGUGUCAAUUAAGUUCCAGGCAUUGUGUUAGGCACACCAGAAAAUACAAAAUAAGUUAGUCAUAGAUCGAUCAUUCUUCACUUGACUUGAUUUCUGAGGUCAACUUGUAUCAACCAGAACACAAAAUUCCCACCAUAUCUGAAGCUCUUGCUCUACUCUCCCAGCUGCAUCCAUCUGCCUCUGUGCUACCUCAGCACUGCGUUACUGUUGGAGGGAAUCAAGGUGCCAAGGCUUCCAAGCCCAAUCUAGCACAACAUUUAGUCAGCACAUACCAUGUGUAAGGCACUGAGCUGAGCAAUACGCUUAACACAUGGCCCUUGGGUUAGAGGAAUGUAUCAUCUGCUCUCCUUGUGUUAGUCUACCUGGGCUGUCGUGACAAAAUACCACAGACUGUGUAGUUAAAACAAAGAUUUAUUUGUCACAGCUCUGGAGGCUGCAAGUCUAAGAUGAAGGUGCUGGCAGGGUUGGUUUUUUCUGAGGCCUCUCUCCUUGGCUUAUAGGAAGGUAGCUACCUUCCCCAUGUAUCCUCACAUGCUCUUUCCUCUGUGUGUGUCUGUGUCCAAAUUUUCUCUCAUAAGGACACUAGUCAUAUUGGGCUAGGCCCCAAAUAAUGACCCCAUUUGACCUUAAUUAGUUCUUUAAAGGCCUUAUCUCCAAAUACAGUCAUAUUGUGAGACAGCGGGGGUUACGACUUCAACAUAUGAAUUUUGGGGAGACACAAUUCAGUCAAUAAUACUGACGUGAUUGUGGAAGCUGGCAAAUCCAAAAUCUGCAGGAUAGGCCAGCAGGCUGGAGACCCAGGGAAGACCUGCAGUUUGAGUCUAAAGGCAGUUUGCUGGCAGGAUUUCCUCUUCUGGAUGGGACAGUCUUCCUAUUAAGGCCUUCAAAUGAUUGGAUGAGGCCCCCUACUUUCUGGAAGAUAACCUGUUCUACUCAAACUCUACUGAUUUAAAUGUUAAUCCAUCUGAAAAAAUACCCUCACAGGAACAUCUAGAAGGUUUAACCAAAUAUCUGGGUACUGUGGUCUAGCCAAGUUGACUCAUAAAAUUAACCAUCCCCGUCCUGCUGGCUCCUUAGCUUCGUAUCUAUGCUCACGGCUGCUUGUGCAGAAUAGAAGAGCCCUGAUCCCCUGGCACUUGGGUAACUAAUCCAUUUCUGGCUCAUACUCUUCAGUAGUUAAAUCUGCAUUGAGUAACCUAUUGUAUGGCAGUUCCUGUGGCUUCAUAACCUGAAUCCUAAGAUUAGAAUUCAGGCCUUCCACAACAUUUCUCUCUUAUACUUGACUUUCUUCAUUUCUCUUUGCUUCCUAUUACAGUCUUCAAUCCAGCCAAGACAACCUGCUUGCCAUCCUGCUCAGGAAGGGCUUUAUUUCCACCUAAGCCUCUACUUUUAGUUGACAUACUCGUCUUCUGUUUCCCCCACCUGUAUGUCACUGUCUGAGAACCCUGCUCAAAACCACCUUCUUCCCCCAACUUUUUUACUUGAUCACUCCAUGACUCUGUCCCCUCUUCUCUCUCUUUCGUCUUGCGUUAGCUUUUAUCCUUCUACCGUUGAACGUUUUGUAACCGCGUGUGUGCAUCACUUGUCAACUAGACCACACGCUCCGAGAACAGUAAUCCUGUUUCCUAUUUCUGGUUUAUCGCUCAUCUCUGCCCAGAUCCAUACAGAGUUUUGCUUAUGGUGAUUCUGCAGUAACUGUCACAGGACGACUCACACCAGCUCACUGAUGAUGGUGGGCAUAGUUCUAGUGUGUUUUCCCAAGUAUGAGGGACAAAAUCUACCAAAGGUCAGACCCCCAGUCCCUCGGUGUCCCUCACUCAGGGCAGCCCUCAGGAGUUGGGCUGCAUGAUAGUCAUCUCUCCUGACGCUGCUGCAGAGGACACAAAAGUCCAAAGCUGUUUGCUAGGAACUUUUUCCAGCACUAAAAUUGCCUUUUAAAAAAAUCUGCCCCCCUCCGUCCCCCCCGGAAGAAAAAGAAUUUAAAUUCAAACAGCCUUUACCUGCAUCCUUCCUCUCUCAUUACCUCCCAGUUAGUGCUCAACGCCAAUUGUCCAUGAAAUUCCACUGCUGCUGUUAAUGAAAUGAGGAACAUAAGAAGUUUGUGAACAGGAAGUAUCCAUGCAAACCCCCUGUUUCCCUCCUCACUUCCUGCUUUCUACCCCUGGCUUCCUCUGCCUCGACCUGCUUAGUUAGCCUCUAAACUAAAUCCUAAAUCUUUCUAUAUUUCCUCAGUUAUUAGAGGAGAAAAAGGUCUGCAGUGAACUCCCCACUAUGGAGCCUCCUUCCUUUCUAACCGUGUCUUGAAGAAAGCACCUGAUUUUGGUCCUGGUUCCAUCAUUGUCUAGCUGGGGGACCUUGAGCUUGACUUCUCAGAGCUUCAGCUUCAACUUACCCUAUUUGACAUUGGGGUUGCUUAUACUUACUCUGCUCAUAUCACAUAAUUUUGAGGAUCAGAAUGAAGCAAUGUAUUUAACAGCACUUUGAAAAGUAAAUAAUACAUCACAAAAUAAAACUAAGACCUGCCUGCUAUCAACAUACGGAUUUGUCUUAAGUCUUUGGUGUGAGGUCCCACUUCCAGCCACCUCUAUCAGAAUCCAGUAACAGGCUGUGGUUCUCUCUAGAAGGGCCUUGAUUCCAGGAUGCCAAGGCCAAGAGCUAAAGCCCUCAUAUGCCUCCUUACAGAGAAGUUGAGUACUGGGGGCUGCCAAAGGGACUUUCUGUUCUACUUCCAUGCAGCUCACCUCUUCCGAGAGAACAUCUCUGAGUUUCUUUAUGUCGGCCUACAAGAAGCAGCCCUUCGGGAGCGAAGCCUGGCUACUAAGCUGAGCCGCAGUGUGGCCCUGAUCGCAACACGGUACCCAGGAAAUCAUUCUAAGCACCAGGGGCAGGUCUGCACC